AUGUCCUCAUUAUGCGGGGCGGCGUUCACACGUCGGGACCUAUUAACCCGUCAUGAGCGCAUCGCCUUGCAUGACGCCGAUGGCGCCUCCGAACCAUCCGCACCGUCACUCUCACCGACCGGCGGAGUGGAUCCUAAUCCCACCAGGUCGGAUCUUGAGGCUGCUGCAGCCGUUGUGUCACUGGGAGGAGGUAUGAGCUUGGACCAUUGGGCGAUUCAACAACCACAGACACACGCCCAGAUUAACCAGUUCGAGAGUCAUGGCUGUGUCAACGCAAAUGGCGGAGAACAAGGGCCUCAGUCGUAUCAACAGGGCCUGCUUUCACCGCAGCUCUUUGGGAAUGGCCAAGAUAUCAAUGGCUAUGACCACUUCAGAGAAUUUGCCAACUUCCUGGACGGUGUCGGCCUGCCUGCCGAAUGGAGUCCAUACUUUCACCCGCCGGAACGAGAUCAUGAACUUGUCGAUCCUGCCCUGGAGGAAUCUAGGACUGGCGCGGCGACCCCUGUUGGGAGGCAUGGCCCUUCUCGCCCUGGAACGCCUUUCAACAGCUGGCUGCCAUCGGCUCCCGGCAUAAAUAGGGCAUCUGAAAACGUCGUCAACAACAAUAACCACGUCGAUAAGGGAUACAGAGUGACGGAUGAUGAGAGAGCGCGACUAGUCACCUGCCUGGAGACAUUCCGAGACGUCGUGGACCCAAGUUUCAAACUUCCCUCGCGCCAUACGCUAACUAGAUAUAUUACCUCUUUCUUUGAGGGUUUCCACUCUCACAUGGUCUUCAUCCACCAUACCUGGCGCGUGAACGAAACACCCCUGGAGCUCGUAUUGGCCAUAUGUGCGGUCGGUGCGCAGUAUUGUUUUGAGCACCGAAAUUCAGAACGGCUCUUCUACGCUGGAAAGGCAAUAUGUAUGGAACGGUUACGCCACGAAGGCACCAAAUUCGGCCACAAGACCAACACGUUCCUCAAUCUACACGGCGGUCUGUCCCAGAGGCGCGCCGCAGACCCUUGGUCGACCGGCCCCAACAACACGCACAAUCAUAAUACACCCCCCAGGGAUUGGGGUGUGUGGGAGACGAUAGAUACCGUACGAACCUUGAUCCUUCUCAUGGGCUACGCCACUUGGGAGCCAAAAGAGGUUCUACUCCGAGAUGCAUUCGCCGUCCAGAGUCUCCUUGUUCAGGUACUACAAGAUGUCGGUCUCCAAGAAGACCCCGAGUCGGAAGAUGCCUUGAACCAGGAAACCGAUCCGCAUGCCGCGUGGCUUGCAUGGGUGCGAAUAGAAUCGACGCGGCGUGCGAAGCUCAUCGCCUUUUCAUUCCUUCAUAUCCACAGCGUGGCGUAUAAUGUAUAUCCGGUCCUCCGUAGUAAUCAGAUUCACCUGAGGCUGCCCUGCUCUACGAGAGAGUGGAAGGCGCUGACAGCUGCUCAGUGGCAGACUGCGAGACGGGAGACUCGUAAGCAGCAACUGCUCUUUCAGGAUGCUCUCUCCUUGCUUCUGAGAAACGUCGAUUGCACGGCGCCCCUGGACCCGAUUCCCACACCGCUUGGUAAUUACGUUCUGCUGCAUGGCUUGUUGCAGAGAAUUUAUAUUGUGCGCGAUCUCUCACUCCCUAUUAUGGAUCAGCAGGCUUCUCUGCCACCAGACGAGGUAGAAAAACUAGAACGAGGACUUCGCUCCUGGACAUCGGGUUGGCAACAAGCUCCCGAAUCCAGUCUCGACCCGAACAAUGAGAACGGGCCGAUCCCCUUUACAUCCAGCGCGCUUCUCGGCCUCGCCUACGUUCGCAUCUACCUCAACCUGGGCCCCUACCGGCAGCUAGAGACGCGGGAUCCGGUACUCAUCGCCCGAGCGCUCGCCCGUUGCCCAGGGGUCGAGCACAGCGAUGGUGUUAUCUCGGCUUUGCUUUACGCCACUCACGCUCUGAGCAUCCCCGUGAGGUUGGGAGUCGACCGUGUCGCGCGGAGCCAGGCUUUCUUCUGGAGCGUUAGGCAUUCGCUUUCGGGACUGGAGUGUGCUGUUCUGCUUAGCAAGUGGCUCUUCUCGCUUGUGGAACCUGGGAACCGGGAUCCGACACAGUUAAGCGGUAGCGAGGACCGCAUCCUUCAUUGGGUCCGUUGCAUAGUGGAAGAAGCUUGGGCUGUUGUGGACUUCGACGAGGACUUUGACGAGGACCAAUUUCAGGGUGACCCCGCAUUUCUCGGCCUCGCCGUUCUAAAAAUAUGGGCUCACUUCUUCAAAGCAAACGCCCAGUGGCGGUUCAUCAAUAUGAUUGGUCUGAGUCUCGAGAAGUAUCGAGAGAUGCUCAUCAAGUCGGCGGGCACCAGGUUACAUUCUCAGUAG